UGUGUUUAUAUGUGCGUGUUGUUUUUGGUUAACGUGCACCUGUGGUUACGCCUAUGGCGUAACUGUCUUCUGAAAACUAAAAUUUAAAUUACAUAAGGCUAUAUGCACCGCUGGGAGAAUAAAGUUGCUGACAUGUAGUCCUGUCUGGUUUAAUGGUGCAACAUCAACAUUAUCACAGUGUCCUCCAGCUUCACUGUGGUUCAGUUUCUCCUUGUCUCAGCCUAGUAUGAAGUACAACUUAAUCUCAUUUGGUAAAUUAGACAUUUCUCUGAUCUACUGCAUGGACAGUCUCCUCGUUAAAUGUGGAAUACGGUUUAUAUUCCACAUUUUAACAAUAAAACUUAUCACAUUAUAACGUAAUGAGUUUCACAUUUUUCCGGUAAACGUUCAUGUUAUGAUGUAAUAAGGUCCACUUCUUUUUUAAUUUGGGUGACAGCUCUACGUUUCAUAGCAUCACAAAUUCACAGACAGCAAUUGUAGUUUAGCAAAGACCACGUCCACACCAAGUUCCUGCUGCAAAGAAGGGAAAGAGGUAUUUUUCUGAGUAAAGUAAACCUGAAAUGAAUGUGUACAUGGAAAAUGAAAGCAUGAUUUUAUGACAUGUUAUCUCUAGGAUUUAAUCACACAUACUCAUUAUUGAGCUUAUUUUAGUUUUACUGAGUCAAAUAAACUCAAGUUUCUAAAACUUUUGUUUGCAUACAUUUUAUGAGUAAAGACAACUUGUUAGACUUUAUAGUGGAUGCUCAGCAUUUCCACACAAACACGUCGGUUAUUCUUUGUUUUCUUUGGCUGCUGGUGUGUUUUUUUUUUAUCAUGCUGAGUCCUGUGAAUAAAAGUAUACAUCUACAGUUGUAAGAACCGGUGUUUCCAGAUAAAAACCCUCAAACAAACACACUGAAUGUCUGGCAGCGGUGCAGAGGUGGGUCUAGUAACCACAACUGUUGCCAACUUGUAGCUCUUAAGUUGGUUUUCUGUGUCCAGAUUUCUCUGUGCUUUUCUUAAUUAUUAAGACCAAAAUUACACACUUCAUUUCAACAAUAACAUUAAAACAUACAUUAAAUAAGAAGAAAACACAGAAUAUGACUGUUUUUAUUUAUCUCUGUAGUCGUGUUGCUUUCUCUGUCUCACUAACAUUAAUAUAUAAAACAUCUCCUGUUUACCUUACUUAUUUUUUCCUCUUUUCAUCCUCAGUAAAUCAUCAUUCAGCUGCCUAGCUUUUGCUCUGUUUGCUUCCUUAGUAAAUAAAAAGUGAGUCAUCAGUUCAGAUUUCCAAAAAUCGCUCUUUCUCAGCCUCUUGUGGCUUCUCUUUUAUGUAAGUCUGACUUUUGCACACAAUAAUCCUUUACCAGUCCUAUACUAGCAUAUCUGUCUAAUUCUGGGAACAAAUAUCAGUCCAUAAUAAUUGAGAAUUAAUAAUAAAUUUUUACUUGUUUAAUUUGUGUGUGGUCAUUUUUAACCAUUGCAUGUUGAAAGGGACACACCUAGAUGCUUUCAUGCUUAAUUAGUUAACAGAAAUCCCAAUCAGUGUGAACUCCAAUUAGUGAUAAAAAAAAAGAUUGUAAAGGUCUUGAAAAGUCUGCUGUAGGACUUCUAUUCCACAUCACCCUGAAAUAAAGUUAAUUUGGCUAUAACAGACUGUCAGCCUUGUUCAGUUUGCAGAAUAAAAAGAGAUUAUAUGAGAAAACAAACUCAUUAUUUUGAAUGAACUUUAAUCCUGAUCGACUGUGUUCAGUAAAAGCACACACCUAUAAGGCAAGUUAAGACAGAAUGAACAUCAUCAUCAACCAUCACAAGCAUGCGACCCAUAGAAAACUACACAACACAGACUCAUUAUUGGGGUGUAGAAUCCCUUUUCCUGUAAAACAGUGUGGGUGGAGAAACUCUUACAGGAAGACUUAAAUCCCACUUGCCUCAGAUUCCCAGUGAACUUGUUUUCAGGGAUGCAAGAGGAGAGGUCCUCCUGUUUUCCAGUCAUGCCCAUGAUGUGGAGAGCCAUGCUGCUGUGGAUUUGUCUCUGCAUCUGUCUUCCAGCUCAGGUCCAGGGAGCUUUUGUUAUUUCCAAGAAAGAUGCACUGACACAGGUAUUGAAUGCAAAGUUGUAAAUGUUCCAUUGACUUUAAUCGAUUUAAUGGGUAUAACUUAAUUUUGAUCAGGUUUUUAUUGAUGCUGAUCUUAUGCACUUGAAUUAUGAAUUUAUUAUAAUUUCAUGUCCAUUUUCCAAUAAUACAAACUUAAAUGUCUCUAAAAGUGUCUCUAGUUUAGCUUUCUUUUGUUCUUAUUGUUUUGCUGUUACAAUAAAUAAAACUGAGUUAUACAGGAAAUGAAACCAAAAAUGCAUCUCAUGUCACCUUUAUUGAUCUGUCCCUCUGAAGCUCCUCAUGUGAUAAAAGAGAAAAAAAAUGAUAGGAAACUGUGUUUUAGUCACCAUAAUGAUCUUAUAUCAACAAUAACCCACCUUUCAACAUUGUCUCCGUGCAGAGGCAACAUGUUACAGACAUAAAAAUACAGUUUACCUGUUAUAAUGUUGAUUAAUGAUAAAAAUGAAUAAUUUUAACUAGUUGCAUGUGUCUGUUCUCAAGUUGCUGAUGUGUAACUUUAUUUUUCUUAUUUGAAACUAUGUGGUUUACAGGAGCGUAGAGCUGUUACACAAACUAAAAACAAACUGACUUUAUCAUGUUAUAACGUGAUGGUUUAAUUGUUAGAACAUUAAAUACAAAGUACUAUAAGCAGAUGUUGACCCAGAAAUACUGGAGCAAAAUAUAUUUAAAGGAGACUUUUGUCAUCAAGCAGAAACAUUUCAGUUCUUUUUGUCAAGGAUUCAUUUUUCUACUCUGGUUUAUUGUUGUUCACACAGGAAUGUGGGACAGUUAUGAACAACACGGUAGUUGCAUGUGUUUGUAUGUGCGUGUUGUUUUUGGUUAACGUGCACCUGUGGUUACGCCUAUGGCAUAACUGUCUUCUGAAAACUAAAAUUUAAAUUACAUAAGGCUAUAUGCACUGCUGGGAGAAUAAAGUUGCUGACAUGUAGUCCUGUCUGGUUUAAUGGUGCAACAUCAACAUUAUCACAGUGUCCUCCAGCUUCACUGUGGUUCAGUUUCUUCUUGUCUCAGCCUAGUAUGAAGUACAACUUAAUCUCAUUUGGUAAAUUAGACAUUUCUCUGAUCUACUGCAUGGACAGUCUCCUCGUUAAAUGUGGAAUACGGUUUAUAUUCCACAUUUUAACAAUAAAACUUAUCACAUUAUAACGUAAUGAGUUUCACAUUUUUCCAGUAAACGUUCAUGUUAUGAUGUAAUAAGGUCCACUUCUUUUUUAAUUUGGGUGACAGCUCUACGUUUCAUAGCAUCACAAAUUCACAGACAGCAAUUGUAGUUUAGCAAAGACCACGUCCACACCAAGUUCCUGCUGCAAAGAAGGGAAAGAGGUAUUUUUCUGAGUAAAGUAAACCUGAAAUGAAUGUGUACAUGGAAAAUAAAAGCAUGAUUUUAUGACAUGUUAUCUCUAGGAUUUAAUCACACAUACUCAUUAUUGAGCUUACUUUAGUUUUACUGAGUCAAAUUAACUCAAGUUUCUAAAACUUUUGUUUGCAUACAUUUUAUGAGUAAAGACAACUUGUUAGACUUUAUAGUGGAUGCUCAGCAUUUCCACACAAACACGUCGGUUAUUCUUUGUUUUCUUUGGCUGCUGGUAUGUUUUUCUUUAUCAUGCUGAGUCCUGUGAAUAAAAGUAUACAUCUACAGUUGUAAGAACCGGUGUUUCCAGAUAAAAACCCUCAAACAAACACACUGAAUGUCUGGCAGCGGUGCAGAGGUGGGUCUAGUAACCACAACUGUUGCCAACUUGUAGCUCUUAAGUUGGUUUUCUGUGUCCAGAUUUCUCUGUGCUUUUCUUAAUUAUUAAGACCAAAAUUACACACUUCAUUUCAACAAUAACAUUAAAACAUACAUUAAAUAAGAAGAAAACACAGAAUAUGACUGUUUUUAUUUAUCUCUGUAGUCGUGUUGCUUUCUCUGUCUCACUAACAUUAAUAUAUAAAACAUCUCCUGUUUACCUUACUUAUUUUUUCCUCUUUUCAUCCUCAGUAAAUCAUCAUUCAGCUGCCUAGCUUUUGCUCUGUUUGCUUCCUUAGUAAAUAAAAAGUGAGUCAUCAGUUCAGAUUUCCAAAAAUCGCUCUUUCUCAGCCUCUUGUGGCUUCUCUUUUAUGUAAGUCUGACUUUUGCACACAAUAAUCCUUUACCAGUCCUAUACUAGCAUAUCUGUCUAAUUCUGGGAACAAAUAUCAGUCCAUAAUAAUUGAGAAUUAAUAAUAAAUUUUUACUUGUUUAAUUUGUGUGUGGUCAUUUUUAACCAUUGCAUGUUGAAAGGGACACACCUAGAUGCUUUCAUGCUUAAUUAGUUAACAGAAAUCCCAAUCAGUGUGAACUCCAAUUAGUGAUAAAAAAAAAGAUUGUAAAGGUCUUGAAAAGUCUGCUGUAGGACUUCUAUUCCACAUCACCCUGAAAUAAAGUUAAUUUGGCUAUAACAGACUGUCAGCCUUGUUCAGUUUGCAGAAUAAAAAGAGAUUAUAUGAGAAAACAAACUCAUUAUUUUGAAUGAACUUUAAUCCUGAUCGACUGUGUUCAGUAAAAGCACACACCUAUAAGGCAAGUUAAGACAGAAUGAACAUCAUCAUCAACCAUCACAAGCAUGCGACCCAUAGAAAACUACACAACACAGACUCAUUAUUGGGGUGUAGAAUCCCUUUUCCUGUAAAACAGUGUGGGUGGAGAAACUCUUACAGGAAGACUUAAAUCCCACUUGCCUCAGAUUCCCAGUGAACUUGUUUUCAGGGAUGCAAGAGGAGAGGUCCUCCUGUUUUCCAGUCAUGCCCAUGAUGUGGAGAGCCAUGCUGCUGUGGAUUUGUCUCUGCAUCUGUCUUCCAGCUCAGGUCCAGGGAGCUUUUGUUAUUUCCAAGAAAGAUGCACUGACACAGGUGUCUCAAGAAACCAUGGGCACCAGAACAGUAAAGAAAAGAAGCACAAACUCUGCAAAUGUGGAGAUGUACAGUAUGAGAAUUGCCUGCACUGUGACAUCUCGUUUUGCCCACACUGUCAUGACCUCCGGGGCUCUGAACAAAGCCGACUCCUCCCAAGAAAUCACCUUUGAAGUGGAGCUACCCAAGUCUGCCUUCAUCACCAACUUCAGCAUGGAAAUCAGUGGUCAGGUGUAUGCUGGAGAGGUGAAGGAGAAAGAGACAGCCAAGAAACAGUAUGAAAAAGCUGUUUCCUUGGGACAAUCUGCUGGACUGGUGAAGGCCUCUGGGAGAAAGAUGGAGAAGUUUUCGGUGUCUGUCAACAUCGCUGCCAGAAGCCGCGUGACUUUCAGUCUCAUCUAUGAAGAGCUGCUUCAGCGGAAAUUGGGCCAAUACGAGAUUUUGAUUCGAGUUAAAACUGAAAAGCCGGUGCAGGAGCUUCAGAUUCUGGCCGACAUCUAUGAGCCGCAGGGAAUUACUUUUAUUGAGGCCACUGCAACUUUCCUUCACAAUGAGCUGCUCCCUCUGAUAGAAAAAACCAUCACAGACACAAAGGCACACAUCUCUUUCUCACCAACAGUAGAACAGCAGAAAUGUCCAGGGUGUGAAGGAACCAUAAUUAAUGGAGAUUUUAUCAUCAAGUAUGACGUGAAACGGGAAAGGAAUUUUGGGGAGAUUCAGGUUGUGAACGGAUACUUUGUGCACUUCUUCUCUCCCCCUGACCUCGCCAUAGUCCCAAAAAAUGUCGUGUUUGUAAUCGAUAAGAGUGGAUCAAUGAAGGGAACAAAGAUCACACAGACUCAGGAAGCCAUGGUUUCCUUUGUGAAAGACCUCCAGGAAAAUGACCACUUUGCAAUCAUCCUGUUUGAUGAUAAGGUUAUCCAGUGGCAGGACUCUCUCACCAAAGCAACCGAGGAAAACGUUUCUGAAGCCAUCCACUUUGUCAGGAGGAUUAAAGCAGGUCAUGUCACAGAUAUCAACAGUGCUGUACUGAAGGCGGUAGACUUGCUGAAGAGAGAAAGACAAGAUAAGAAAGUUCCAGAGAGAAGCUUCGAUUUGAUAAUUUUGCUGACAGAUGGGAUGCCAAACAGAGGGGUCACCAACACCCGGACCAUCCAGCAGAAUGUGCAUUCUGCUAUUGCAGGAAAGAUGUCUCUAUUUUGUCUUGGAUUUGGAAACGAUGUGGACUACUCCUUCCUGGAUGUGAUGUGCAGGCACAACAAAGGACUGGCUCGCAGAGUUUUUGAGGGUUCAGAUGUAGUUGUUCAGCUAUGGGGUUUUUAUGAAGAGGUGUCCAGCCCUCUGCUCUUAGAGGUGGACCUGCGUUAUCCUGACCAUGCAGUAGGCUCCUUGACCAAAACCCACUACAACCAGUUGUUCAAUGGCUCAGAGAUUGUGGUGGCCGGUCAGUUGAAUGAACGUGACAUGGAUAACUUCUUGGUGGAGGUUGUUGCCCAGGGGUCUAAAGGGGACAUUCAGAUACAGGAAAAGGCCAGUGUAUUAAACUGGCUCGUGAUGUACCCAGAGAAGGAAUACAUCUUUGGAGAUUUCACAGAGCGUUUGUGGGCCUAUCUCACCAUCCAACAGCUACUGGAGAAGAGUGAUAUUGGUACUCAGCAGGACAAAGACAAUGCAAUAGCUAAGGCCCUGGAUAUUUCUCUGCUGUACAACUUUGUCACACCUCUUACAUCCAUGGUGGUCACCAAGCCUGAAACUGAGGAUGGAGCAGACAGCUCCUUUAUAGCUGAUAAACUGACUGAAGGCCAACGACAGGAAGCAGAGAAACACAGAGGAUUCAAACAACCUUCUGCUUCCAGUGCCCAAGGUCUAGGAAAAGUGGAUGGGGAUCCUCAUUUCACCAUAGAACUGCCAGACGAAGCUUUGUGCUUCACCAUAAAUGACAAUCCAGGGACGAUUUUCAAUCUGGUCAGAGACAAGAAAUCAGGCUUUGUGGUAAAUGGCCAAAUUAUUGGCAAGAAGAAAUUUGUUCCAGAUGGCAACAACAGCACCUACUUUGGCCGCUUUGGUAUCACCCAUCAGAAGCUGGGGGUGAGGCUGGAGGUAAAUACUCAGGAUAUCUCAGUGCUUUACAAUGGCAAACAGGUGAAACUGCUGUGGUCUGAUACAACCUUCCUCAAGGAUAUCAAUCUGGAGCUUAGAUUGACUAAUAACUGCAACCUGUCAGUAACACUGAGGCAUUCAGUCAAAUUUAUGAUCAUAAAACACACAAAGAUUUGGAAACAUCGCCAUGACCAACAAGACUACCUGGGUUUCUACACACUGGAUAGCCACCACUUGUCUCCUUCAGUUCACGGACUGCUUGGUCAGUUCUACCGUGGGGUUACGUUUCAUGUGACAGAGUUGCAUUCAGGUGAAGCCCUGGAUAAAUUCGAUGCCAUCAUGGAUGUGAAAGGACAAACACUCAACGUGACCAGGCACUUGCAAAAAGACUUCAGCAGAGAUGCGAAGAAGGGAGAAAACAUCCUCUGUUGGUUUGUUGACGACGGUGGAAGAGGCCUCAUUGACGGGACAGCCUCGGACUACACCGUGUCAGACCUUUUUACUGUUUAAUCCUAAGAAACUCUAAGUGUGAGUGGCAGGGCAUGCUUAAAACAUAUUGCAUUUUAAUAGUAAGGCUUAGUCUUGGUAGAUCACGGUGCAGCAAGCUAUUUGUGUCGGGUUCUAAGUUGUGCUCAGAAAAUUCAGUCCAAGUCUCCAAAUUAUUUUAAGGUUUCUAACUGUAGGUUAACACAGAAUAUAAAACUCGUUAUUGAAGUUUAAACAUAGAUCACAAACUGAACUAGUUCAAACUAUAAAAUAAAGGAUAAGAAAUUAGCUUGGACCACACUUUUUUUUAACAUUUUGGUGGCGUAUUAUGAUAAAUCUUUGGUCAUUUUGAGUGGUUUAAAUAUAUUUCUUUUCUUUUAGAAUCAAAUUUUUUUUUCUAUUUCCCAUCGCACAUGAUAAACUGUGAAAAUCACACGAAAAGCUCAUUUAAUUCUUUGAUUCUUGGUUGCACAAAAAUAUCCUAAACUGGCCAAAUAUGCUUUACUUGUCAAUGCUGUAUAUAAUGUUAAAAGAUAAUAUUUUUUAUUGUAUUCUGAAGCUUGAAUGCCAGAGAUGUAAACCAACAGUAUGAAUUUCCUACAGCAGGGGUCACCAAAUCCAGGUCUCUUGGCCUAAUUUUGUACAGAUUUUAGAUAUUUCCCUGCUUCAACACCUGACUCAAAUUCAUGCCUCAUUGUGCAGAACUUGACAAGAAGCUAUUGGAUCCAUUUGAAUUGAAUCAAAUGUUCUGGAUUAGGGAAACAUCUAAAACUUGCAGGACAGUGACCCUCUAGGACUGGAAUUUGACACACCCAUUUUAGAUGUUUCCCUGCUGUAACACACCUGAUUAAAUUUCAGUAGUUCUCCAACAACUUGUUGUCAAGUUCUGCAUAAGCCUCUGACCCAGUAAUUUGAGUUAGGUGUUGAACAAAGGAAACAUCUAAAACCUACAGGACAGCGCUCCUAGAGGUCUGGAUUUGGUGAUCCCUGCUGUAGGAAAUUCAUACUUUUAGUUUACAUCUCUGGCAUCUUUUACAAAUAUUUACGCCAAUGCUCAUAGCCCAAUCUCCUACACACGUUUAAGAUUUCACCUUUUGGGUACGGUUCUAGCUGAAAACCUGAGUUUCUUCAGCAAUCACACUAAUAAAGAUGAAAACACUUUAAAAGAUUUUAAUUUCUAUAGAAGUGUACUGUCUUUUGUUGUAUUGAGUUCCCACCUUCUACACCUGCUAUAUUCAAGUGUGUUGGGGGAGGCUGACUCCAUCCAGUAAAUAUAAAUGAUUAAUUCAACACAUUUAUUAACUGAUUCAUAACAAAAACAAAGAUAUUAGUUGCCAUAUAUUAAAUUAAAAAAUUAAAUUGAGUUUUUUUUUCCUUUCUUUUUAUUUACU